ACCCUUCUGAUGUUACUAGUGAAUAAUAAUGUAUCCAGAAAUUUGUGCAGUUUCCUGCUGUUUUUCAUGUUGCUCCUGCCGUUAUCCUCCGAGUCCGGGACCCACUAUAUCCUUCGGCGGGAGAAACGCCUCUCAAGUCCCUUGUUCGAUGAGAAGAAAACAUUGACACUGGCAAAAUAUGUGGUCUCCAUUCGAUCUCGAUCGCCCCGCCAUUUUUUCGGGGACAAUCACUUCUGCGGUGGGGUCAUUGUAUCGCAGACAUACAUCCUGACCUCCGCCCACUGCGCCAUGGACAAGCGCAAGAUUAUACAUGGAAGUCGGGUAUUGCUCGUUGUGGCUGGAAACGUCAAUCGCUUGAAAUACCAUUCGGGUCUCACGGUACAAACGCCAGUAAAGAAGAUCUUUGUACCGGAGAAAUUCACAGUCUUCAACACGCACAACAUUGCACUGAUGAUGCUGGACAAGAAACUGCCUUUGGACAAUCCGCAAGUGGGUGUGAUCAAUCUGCCCACAAACGAUCCAGAACCGGGUAUCAAUUACACGGUUUUGGGCUGGGGACGGAUCUAUAAAGGUGGUCCCUUGGCCUCCAACAUCCUGCACAUCGACGUGGAGCUACUGCCCCGUGAGAUCUGUGAGAAGAAGCUUCACACAUUCAAGGAGGAGAUGAUGUGUGCCGGAAAUCUGAACAACAGCCUGGAUGAGAAUCCCUGUGCCGGUGACACCGGAAGUCCACUGAUCCACAACGAAACCGUUUUUGGGGUGGUGAGCUAUCGAAUUGGCUGCGGAUCCAAAACCUUGCCAUCGGUUUAUACCAACGUCUUCGUCCAUUUGGACUGGAUCAAUAAGAUUAUGGAACAGAAUGAGGGGAAUUGCCUAAAAUAUAGUCCCAACCACUAUCUUUUAAUCCCGAUGGUCAUUAUAGUCAUAGGAAAUAAAUUUCUGAACAGUUGUGGAUUUUAUUUGAUCACCACUUAG